AUGGUACAAACAUAUCUCUCGAGCUUCCACAUUGCGAAACUCGUCUCUGAGUUUGAAGAGACUCCCCACCGGUCGAGAAUGAAGGACAUGAUAGCCUCCUUGUUCUAUUACGCUUUCGACGAUCAUAGGAAGUGGCGCAUGAACUUCAAGUCUGACCGUAAGGGCAAUGGAUCAUACAUGACCGUUAUGGAAGUGGAUGAGGAUGGGAAGAGCCUCCACGCUAUCGUCAAGAUUGUGGCCAACGAUAGACCUAUCCCCAACGAUUGGGACCUCGCUCUUCCCUUUCUUGCAUCUGCUCCUAUUACUGAUGACCGAUGCUGGGCUUUUCUCUUCCAGGGAAUGACCAUGAAGCUCUUCGAGUACCACCGCGACCAACCCAAGGGAUAUCGACUUUUCGGCUGUGACUUCAAGAUCAACGGAAAGAAGACUGAUACCCUGCACAUUCGUGACGACUGCGAGGCAUUGAACAGUGUUCUCUACUACAUCCCCGAGGAGCAUCCCCGACCUCUCAGUGCUACUUUCCUGAAGCUUCAGGCUAAGGCCAAGGCACUAAAAGCUGUCUUGGAUGAUCUCAUUCGUGACAACACUCCUGAAGUUCAGUCUGAGUCUGAGAAGGUCUCAGUCGAGGACCAGUCUGUGGCUAGUGCUUCUGCUGACCCCGAGUUCUUGACUCCAGCUGUGAAGACCAACACUGAUCCACAGAUCAUGCCCGAGGUCGACACUACCCAGCCUAUUGCUGAGCCUAUUGAUCAGUCUGCUGAUAAGCCUACUAUCGACGGUCUUGUCAGCCUUCCAUUUAGACCUGCUCCAAGCUCUGCCACCACACUUGCUCCAAGCCCUGCCGCCAGUCCUCCCAUCAAUCUUGUAUUGCGGGCUGCCCCAAGCCCUGCCAUCAAGCCAGCUGCUGGACCUGCCUUCAACCCUGGCGCCUAUUCUUCGAUCAAGUCUGCUACCAACCCUGCUAUCAAGCCCGGUACUCGCGUCCAGAAGCCUGGCGACUAUUCAGCCUUCAAAGCUACUUCGCAAUCUGCUCUCAAGCCUGGCGCUCCCGCCUUCAAGCCUACAACCAGUCCUAUCAGCAAGCCAGCCACCAAGUUGACUCUAAAGCUCGGUCCUCCUCCCAUCCAGCCCGGAGACUUUUCAGCUUUCAAGGAUACUGCGCAAUCUACUCUUAAGCCUGGUGCUCCCGCCUUCGAGCCUGCAACCACUCCCACCAGCAAGCCAGUUACUAAAUUGACCCUGAAACUCGGUCCCACUCCAGUUCAGCCUGGCAACUAUUCAGCCUUCAAAGAUACUGCACAGUCUACUCUCAAGCCUGGCGCUCCCGCCUUCGAGCCUCCAGCCAGUCCCAUCAACAAGCCAGCCACCAAAUUGACCCUCAAACUUGGUCCUCCUCCGUUCCAGCCUGGCGCCUAUGGUUCUCUCAAGAACCGCUCGUCUAAGGCUACUCCUCCCGCCGCGAAGAAAAGCACUCCGCCCAAGUUCCAGCCUGCUCCCAAGCCCGCCGUCAAGCCUGCUGUCAGUCCCGCUGUCAAUCCCGCUAUGGGGCUCAACACCCAGCCCAAGGUCGAUGCAGCUGCUACCAAAUCCCCUGAUGCUGAUCUCAUGAACCUUGCAAACUUGAGCCUUGGUGCUGAAAGCAAGACUAAAGCUCCCGCGGCUCCAGCUCCCAGUCUGAUCUAA